AUGGCAGUUGAUGGGUGCCUGCAAGGUGACACUCCUCUGGUCAUGGGUGACUUCAAUGUGACCACUGUCACUAACAGGGCUGGCUAUGAGGAUUAUGUCGAUUCCCAUGGAUCCUGCUUAGGUCCAGUAAGCUACCACCUACGAGGAGCAAUGAAGCUGGACCUGGCCAGACUGCAAGAUCAGGCAGUUUCUAAUGAGUAUGCAAGCAGUUUGCGAGAGGAACUUGCAGACUUGGGUGCAACUGCUGAUCCUAAGGUGAUGUUGGAGACCUUCCGUGAGAAAACCCUGAAGGUUGCUGAGGCAUUAGACUCAGUUGAUCGAGCUGCCCUGUGGGGCAUCCAGAGACUUUGUUGGAUCCUCAUGAAGGUCCUGGAUAUCAUGGCUAGCCUGUACACUGGUGCUGUGAGUGCUGCGCAGAGUGGAGGGAAAGCAUCUGGGUUUUUCCCAGGUGAUUCUGGGGUUCAUCAGAUUGGCAUGUCAGAGGACAAGGACUACAAAGAGUUUGAUCUUAGCAUCAUUUUGGAAGGCAAGAUUGGAGUUGACCUUGUCUCACUUGCACCUUUUGACUUUGAUCAACUCAUUUUAGACACUGGACCUUUGCCUGAAGAAGAAUCUCCUCUUUCGAAAAUGAAAUACUGUAGCUUGGUCGUUCUGUUCCUGUGUGGUGUCAGAUACUGCAACGCAAUUCACUGGCUCGGCCUUACAGUAAACGGUAGCUCAGUUGGCUGGAAUCAGACACACCACUGCAAGCUGCUGGACGGACUAGUCCCAGACCAAUUACAACUUUGCAGGAGAAAUCUGGAGAUGAUGCACAGUAUUGUACACGCUGCAAAAGUUACCAAAACGACUUGCCAGAAAACCUUCUCGGAUAUGAGGUGGAACUGCUCCUCAAUUGAAGACGCCCCUUUUUUCACCCCAGACCUAGCGAAAGGUACCAGAGAGUCAGCUGUGGUGUUCGCGUUGGCAGCCGCCGCGGUCAGCCACUCCAUCGCCAGGUCUUGCGCCUCAGGUGACCUGCCAGGCUGCUCCUGUGGCCCCGCGCCUGCCGAGCAGCCAGGACCCGACUUCCGAUGGGGCGGCUGCGGGGACAAUCUUCGCUACGGCCUACAGAUGGGCGCUGCAUUCGUUGACGCCCCAAUGAAAAACAGUCGUUCAGGAUCGCAGGCCGCUAAGCUAAUGAACCUGCACAACAACGCAGUUGGCAGACAGGUUCUGAUAGAUUCCAUGGAAACCAAAUGCAAAUGCCAUGGCGUCUCUGGCUCAUGCUCUGUGAAAACUUGUUGGAAAGGACUGCAGGACAUGCAUGACAUCGCAGCUGAACUCAAAUCCAAAUACCUAGCAGCCACCAAAGUGAUUCACCGGCACGUUGGGACUAGAAAGCAGUUGGUUCCGAAAGAGAUGGACGUGCGACCCGUGCGAGACACUGAGCUGGUGUACCUGGUUAGCUCCCCUGACUACUGCACACGCAAUGAGAAGCAGGGCUCCUAUGGAACACAAGAUAGACAGUGCAAUAAAACCUCCAAUGGCAGUGAUAGCUGUAAUCUCAUGUGCUGUGGCCGUGGAUAUAACGCCUAUACAGAGAAGGUGGCCGAGAGAUGCCAGUGCAAAUAUCACUGGUGCUGUUAUGUCACAUGUAAAAAAUGUGAAAGAACAGUGGAGAGAUAUGUGUGCAAAUAAAGAUGAGAUCUGCACAAUCCAGGGGCAACAGGAAAGCACUAUAUGGCAGGAAAACCAAUGAGGUUUUGUUUUUUCUUGCUCCAAAGAGAGAAGGCUGUGUCAGCGGUAUGCACUCCCGGGGCAUUCCUUGAACAUUGCUGAGACUGGACAGUGGCUGCUGAUCAAACGUUAAGUCAAUAACAUGGAGCAAAAUGAUUGGCAAAGGGCAGACCCUGCAGUGCGGCCUAUUUGUACUUACUGGGAGCUCAAUUACUGUCUAAUACAGCUGACAAAUGUUCAGUGGCCAUUCGGCUUAGACAAGUCUGUGUGUCCACACAGGCAAGAUGAGGCCCGGCUUUGUCUCGAGAAAAGAAGGCACUGAUUCAGGUCAGAGACUGCAGAUGAUGGAUUGAUAGCAGUAAAAACUUCUCCUUUGAAUGAAUAAAAAGGACUGAAUGGAAACAAUGAUCUGAAUUACAAAAGGUCUCUCCCUGCCCCCAAGAUGCUAAAAACUCAGCCAGUUGUGUGGUUUUUACACCAGAAUGAAGACCUUUUUAGGCACUAGUAACCCAUUUGUUAUCCAUUAACAGAACCUUAAACAGUAAAACGUUGCUACUGUGGGUCUGUGAUAUUGGAAACAGAGGACAUAUGCUACUGGAAAUUGUUCCACUGAGCUACUGGAAAUUAUUCCAUCGACUCCACGUGUGAUCACCAAGGAACACUGGAUGUCCUGCCUAUCACGCACCAAGAGAAAACUGCGAUACUAGUGCAAUAAAAUAAUGUGAAAAGUGUACAUAAAUGAACUUAAUAUCAAUGACAAAUAAUUUAUAUUAUAUUUUAUUACCUUUUAGUGGGAUUAGAAAGACCAAAAGUCCUGUUUAUCUUGUAUAGUUAUAUUCUUCACUUACA